CGAUCAGUCCAUGUGCUUUACGAAUGAAAAUCACGACAAUUCUAAAGUAUUUAGUUAAGGAAUACUGUGAAAAGCUUCAUUUGAAGUUAUCUUUGUUCCGCUGUGAGCGGUAUCUUUGCUCCUGGUGCUUGGGUAGUAAAACUUCGACAUGACUUCUUCAAAACAAUUCAGAAGUGACGAUACUAUUAAUGCUACCCUUGAAUACUGUUCGGUCGCAUGUAAUAACACGCCUGGUUGUCUGUGUUGGAGCUAUCCGAGUUCAGGGAUACGGGAUGACUUUGGAGAGGCUACUGUGUUCUACAGUGCGUGUAACGCUCUUAUCGAGUAUGAUUUUGAGUUUGCAGGUGGCCGAGGUUCAACGAAACGUGUCAUUUCAGGACACACGGGAAAGAUCACCUCCGUCAGCUGUUCUUCAGAUAAUUGUGUUCUUACAUGUUCAAGGGAUGGAUCGUGUAGACUGUGGAAACAUGGGUCGUUAGUAGCCAAGAUGAAAGCGGACUCGGCACUUAUGUGUGGUGAUGUCGCUUUCCGAAAGAAUGGUUCACAUUGGGUCGCGGCGGGCUCUACCGACGACACUGUACGUGUCUGGAACAUUGGAACUGGAUCACUUCCUCGUCAGAUAUGCAGUGUACGACGUGGUCGGGACACCCCCCUUUGUGUUCGCCUUCAUGCCGGUCCAGUUCGUGAUACUCUUUUACUUUUCGUAGCAUGGACGUCUUGUGAGUUGCAAGUCCUUGAACUAGUGGAAGCAAGUGGAGAUCAAAGCGAAUAUUUCAGUGAGGUGUGUGUCCUUACUGGGCACGAGGACUGGAUACGGGGCAUUGAUGUGCGUCCAGUUAUCCGAGAGCGGCACACACAGAGUACUAUUGACGAACUUCUCGUAGCUUCGUGCGGGCAAGACUCGCUUAUUCGAGUAUGGAGACUUGGGCCUUUCCGAGAUCUUGAAGACGAAGAAACGACCGUGCCAAGGGCUGAAUUCAAAACUAAUGGUGUGCGUCUGCAAGCGGAAUUAGAAACUGUCCUUGAAGGUCACAGUGGUUGGGUAUACUCUGUACGUUGGGGACCUGGCCAAGACCUGCGUCUUCUAUCUGCGUCCAUUGACAAAUCUUUGAUAGUGUGGUCUCCGGCUGAAGCAGAAAACUGUGACGUUUGGAUAGAACGCUUGCGAGUUGGUGGAGUAGGUGGAAAUAACCUAGGAUUUAUAGGCGCCGUUUGGGACCACACCGGAGACAGAAUCCUUGGGCAUGGGUUCCAUGGAAGCCUGCAUUUGUGGCACAAAAUUGGGGAUCGUGACCAGUGGAAACCAUGCGUUGUCCCGGGUGGACAUUUUCGAGCAGUAACAGGGCUCACGUGGUCUCCUGGCGGUUCAUAUCUGCUGUCCUGCUCAACUGAUCAGACGACAAGGGUACAUGGAAAGUGGCGCAAGCCUGAGGACAAGACGACAGUGUGGCGCGAAUUGGCUAGACCUCAAGUACACGGCCAUGAUCUGUUUUGUAUCGCGGCGCUCUCAGAAACUGCUUUUGUGUCCGGAGCGGAAGAGAAAGUGCUACGAUCUUUCAACGCAACCCGAAAUUUUGUUGCCAAUAUUAACAGAAUCUCUGGUGAGACUUUGGUAAAUGAUGUUGACGUAAAGCUGCUGCCGGAAGGAGCGUCUGUUGCUGCUCUUGGUCUUUCGAACAAAGCCCUUUACGAAUCGGAUAUUAAGUUUCAGGUCACUAACGAGGGCCAAAAUGAUGAUCUUAAAUACAAUCAAGAGGAUUUUUAUUUCCGAACAAUAGAGUUAACCGCACCGCCGCACGAAGAAGAUCUCGCCCAAAACACACUAUGGCAUGAGGUUCGCAAACUCUAUGGACAUGGGUACGAAGUCUUUACAUGUGCAGCAUCGGCGGACGGGUUGCUUGUGGCUUCGUCGUGUAAAGCUCAGUCGGUCAAACAUGCUGCUGUGCUACUCUGGGAUACUAGAUCAUGGAAGGUGAUUCAGCGUUUAGAACACCACCAGCUUACUGUUACUUGCGUGGCGUUUAGUGAUGAUGGCCAACGAAUACUAACGGUUUCUCGGGAUCGCACUUGGGUUUUAUGGGAAAAACCUUUUCAGGGAACCGAUCGUGAGAUUAACUAUGUUAAGGUUGCCUAUGUGGAUAAAAGCUGCAAUAUUCACCAACGUGUUAUUUGGGCAUGCGCUUUUGCUCCCAAAGAGUUCAGUUGUACUGAAAACGGCAAGGGGGGUCUAUUUGGAACCUGCUCAAGAGAUAAAAAAGUGGUUAUUUGGAAACGCGAUCGGGAAUCGGGUGACUAUGCUCAAAAGGACAAAGGAGACAUUAAGGACUGCUUAGCCGACCUUACAGGAGGUUGGCGGCCUUGCCUCAUUUUCUGCGCUGAGGACUCUGCCCGAUCUCUUGCCUUCUCCUCAGCCGCGAUUACAAGCAACGGCAUCAAAAGAUCACUGUUUCUGGCUAUUGGUCUAGAUAAUGGGUUUAUUGAGCUGAGACAACUCGUAUUUAACACGAUAUCCGGCGACCUUGAGAUUGUAAUUCAAGUUGUUCAGUCAGUCGUGCUAAUCUGUAAUACGUUUGAUCGUUGUCUUGGGGUGAAGACAUCGGAAUUUUGCGUAACACUUUGUAGAGGUUCAAUUGUCCUCAAAUGUAUUAUUUGUUAAAUUAUGCGAGUAUGAUGAGAAAACCCGUUAAAAAAAUAUAGCCCCCGCGAUGCCCCCAGCGGGUGCGAAGUCGGAUGUGCAGUGAUAAGUCUAAUUUCCUCUCCAAAUCUCUAUGAGGUCCAUAUUAAACUAUGCAACAAAUCCCCAAAUCAGGUAAAUGCUUUGGCAUUUUCAUUAGUAAAUUUGGCCGACACAAUAAUCUUGUAAAUUUUUAGUACUAUCUGCAGAAAAUAACACAUCUUCUUUUCGCGUGUAUUUAAGCAUUUAAAUUAUUAAAUAUUUAAAUAAUCUAUCUUGUUAUUGGGCGUACUUAUGUUGUGUCACAGCAAGUCAAUUGUAGCAACUUAAAUAUAUGCUGUACUAAUCGACAUGGGCAGCGGUAAUUGAACAAUAGUUGUACACUAUUUAGUAAGAUUCUACCCUUUAUCAGACAUGCAUUUAAAUAAAGGGAAACUGGAUGAUAAAAAUACCGAUUUUCCUUAAUAUCUCAGUUUGGUGAAAGUAUGAAAAUAUGAUCCCAGUUGACGGUACACGGUGUGGUUAUAUGCUAGCGUCGGAAGACCGCGCCAGACCGCUAAAAUUUUGGGCAAAAUAAGAAAUCACGAUAGAUUUACUGAUAACUUCAAACUCUACAUUCAACGGAUAUAGGUUCACGCAAUUCUAAUGGCUCGUACAAAUUAGAAAGGC